AUGGUUUUGUUGGGUUUUGGUCAGUUUAGGCCUUAUGGACAGGCCACUGGUCUACGGUUGGUUACUCCUGGUGGUAAAGCUCUCUAUUCUUUUGGUGCCUUCUGUUCGAAAUGGGAUCUUCACAAGGUGAAUUCCGACGACUGGAAUGAGGGCCACUGGAUAAAGAUCAUGAACUGCAUCCAAAUGGCCCGCCUAUCGAGCCCUCUGGCGAUGAUACUCUUGGGCUAUCUAGCCCCCAAAAGAGUCGGCCUCAUCGUUCAAGAAGCUGCACUCGCCAACGCCAAGAAUCUCACGGCAUGGCGAAAUAUCCGAGUGGAGAAUACCACAGACCCGAAGGCUCAGAAGCUGAUUUGCUGCGUCGAUGGUGUAUAUUAA